AUGUCGCUUCAGGACGCGUCCGAAGUCGUCCGCAUCGACUCCAAGUCGGCCGGCGCCAUCGCCUCCAAGGUCGAGGACUACGAUGCCCUCGUCCACGAUGCCGCCGCAGCCACCCAGGAGCAGGUCGACAUGUCCGUCCGACAGGCCAUUCGGGCCUACCCCAAGGCCAUCAUGUGGUCGAUGAUCUUCUCGAUGGCCAUCAUCAUGGAAGGCUUCGACGUGAUGCUGCUGGGGAACUACUUCGCACAACCGGCGUUCACGAAGCGAUAUGGCAAUUGCAACGCCGCGGGCAAGUGCGAGAUUCCGGCGCCCUGGCAGUCGGGCCUCAACAACGGCGCGCUGGUCGGAGAGAUCUUCGGUCUGCAGCUCACGGGCAUUGCUUCUGAGCGCUUUGGCUACAAGAAGACGAUGCUAUUCGCCCUCAUCAUGAUGAUCGGAACGAUCUUCAUUCCCUUCUUCGCCAACUCGCUCGCCAUGCUGCUCGCCGGCCAAAUCCUCCAGGGCAUCCCGUGGGGCGUUUUCCAGACCCUGACCACCGCCUAUGCCGCCGAGGUCUGCCCCGUCACCCUCCGCCCCUACCUCACCACCUGGGUCAAUGCCUGCUGGGUCAUUGGUCAGCUCAUCAGCACUGGCGUCCUGCGCGCCACCGUCAACUGGGAUUCGCAAUGGGCCUACCGCCUCCCCUACGCGCUUCAGUGGAUGUGGCCCGUCCCAAUCCUCAUUGGCUGCAUCUUUGCCCCCGAGUCGCCCUGGUGGCUCGUUCGCCAGGGGCGCCACGAGGACGCCAAGCGCGCCAUCAAGGGCCUCCGCGGCUCCAAGGUCCCCUUCAGCGACGCCGACGCCCAGCAGCAGGUCGCCAUGAUGGUCCACACCGACGAGCUCGAGAAGGCCGUCUCCGAGGGCAGCUCAUACUGGGACUGCUUCAAGCGCACCGACCUGCGCCGCACCGAGAUCGCCUGCGUCGUCUGGCUCUGCCAGCACCUCUCCGGAUCGCCUCUGAUGGGUGCAUCGUCCUACUUUUACGUCAACGCCGGCCUGCCCACCACCCAGGCCUUCAACAUGUCGAUCGGACAGUUCGCCAUGGGCCUCUGCGGCACCAUCGCCUCGUGGUUCGUCAUCAAGCACGUCGGCCGCCGCACCAUCUACCUCUACGGCCAGAUCGUCAUGUGCGCCCUCAUGCUCCUCGUCGGCGGCCUCGGCUUCAAGCAGGACUCCGAGGGCUUCGGAUGGGCCAUCGGAUCCUCCCUUCUGAUCUUCGCAUUCAUCUAUGACUUCACUGUCGGCCCUGUGUGCUACUCGCUCGUCGCCGAGGUUUCGUCGACGCGCCUUCGCGCCAAGACGAUUGUGCUGGCGCGCAACGUCUACAACAUCGGCGGCCUGAUCGUCAACAUUAUCCAGCCCCGGAUGCUCAACACGACGGCGUGGAACUGGGGCGCCAAGUGCGCCUUCCUCUGGGCCGGCACCUGCUUCCUCUGCAUCAUCUGGACCUACUACCGCCUCCCCGAGCCGCGCGGACGCACCUACGGCGAGCUCGACAUCCUCUUCGAGCAGAAGGUCUCGGCGCGCAAGUUUUCCAGCACCAAGGUCGACCAGUUCGGCGACCUCACCCGCCGCCACCAGGCGGGUAUGGUCGAGAAGGCCGCCCACCACUCGGCCGGCGACGUCUCGCCCAUCGACGACAAGUCGAGCUCGACGGAGAAAAUCACCCUCGACGCGCCCGUCGGCGAGCUCGCCUACGAGAAGCGCGCCUAG